UGCACAAACUUUUGGCUUCAGUCCCUCCUGUUGCUGUGGUAUUUCUCUGUCCCUUCACUUCCCAAUACACUGGUGUGCGUGAGCGCGCGCACACACACACACACACACAGAGCUGCUUUCUGUCUGGGAGUCCUGGGACAACUCGGAUGGGAUUCUGAGCUGGGAGGAACAGGAGAAGGAGCAAAGGUGGAGGCUGGUUCCCCUCUCAGGUCCCGGCUGUGUGGGCUUCCCCGCCACUGUCCCGGGGACCGGAGGCAUGGAGCUGAGCUGACCACGGGAGCCGAGCUCGGGACUGAGGGAGACUUAAAGCCCAGAGAGGAAGUGUGAGUUGCCUAAGUUCAUACAGCAAGUUAGAGACUCCGCUCCAUUGCUUAUUGUAUUGCUCCGCGGCCUCCCGGUCCAUCACGUCGCCAUGGACAGAAAAGUGGCAGUCCCCGAGGACGGGCCUCCCGUGGUCUCCUGGCUCCCUGAGGAGGGAGAGAAGUUGGAACAGGAAGGCGAGGACCAGGUGAAGGAUCGGGGCCAAUGGACCAACAAGAUGGAGUUUGUGCUGUCAGUGGCCGGGGAGAUCAUUGGGCUGGGGAAUGUCUGGAGGUUUCCCUAUCUCUGCUACAAAAAUGGAGGUGGAGCCUUCUUCAUCCCCUACUUCAUCUUCUUCUUCACCUGCGGCAUCCCAGUGUUCUUCCUGGAGGUGGCGCUGGGCCAGUACACCAGCCAAGGCAGCGUGACAGCCUGGAGGAAGAUCUGUCCCCUUCUCCAGGGCAUUGGUCUGGCUUCUGUGGUUAUCGAGUCCUAUCUGAACAUCUACUACAUCAUCAUCCUGGCCUGGGCCCUCUUCUACCUGUUCAGCUCCUUCACCUCUGAGCUGCCCUGGACGACCUGUAGCAAUAGCUGGAACACAGAGCAUUGCAUGGACUUUCUGAACCGCUCGGGAGCCCGCACAGCAACCCCCUCUGAGAACUUCACCUCACCUGUCAUGGAAUUCUGGGAGAGACGUGUUUUGGGCAUCACCUCAGGCAUCCAUGAGCUAGGAGCCCUGCGCUGGGAGCUGGCCCUGUGCCUCCUGCUGGCAUGGGUCAUCUGCUACUUCUGCAUCUGGAAGGGGGUCAAGACCACAGGCAAGGUUGUUUAUUUCACAGCCACGUUUCCCUACCUGAUGCUGAUCAUCCUCUUGAUCCGAGGCAUCACCCUUCCUGGAGCCUAUGAGGGCAUCAUCUAUUACCUGAAGCCAGAUUUGCUUCGCCUCAAGGACCCCCAGGUGUGGAUGGACGCGGGCACCCAGAUCUUCUUCUCCUUCGCCAUCUGCCAGGGGUGCCUGACCGCCCUGGGCAGCUACAACAAGUACCACAACAACUGCUACAGGGACUGCAUCGCCCUCUGCUUCCUCAACAGUGCCACCAGCUUCGCAGCCGGGUUCGUGGUCUUCUCCAUCCUGGGCUUCAUGGCCCAGGAGCAGGGGUUGCCCAUCUCCGAAGUGGCCGAGUCCGGUCCUGGUCUGGCCUUCAUCGCCUUCCCCAAGGCUGUGACAAUGAUGCCCUUAUCGCAGCUGUGGUCCUGUCUUUUCUUCAUCAUGCUCAUCUUCCUAGGGCUGGACAGCCAGUUUGUCUGUGUGGAGUGCCUGGUGACAGCCUCCGUGGACAUGUUCCCCAGUCAGCUCCGGAAGAGUGGGCGGCGAGAGCUCCUCAUCCUGGCCAUUGCAGUCGUGUGCUAUCUGAUCGGGCUCUUCCUGGUUACGGAGGGCGGGAUGUAUAUCUUCCAGCUGUUUGAUUAUUACGCUUCCAGUGGCAUAUGCCUGCUCUUCCUGGCCAUGUUUGAAGUGCUCUGCAUCAGCUGGGUGUACGGGGCAGAUCGUUUCUAUGACAACGUUGAGGACAUGAUUGGCUACAGGCCAUGGCCCUUGGUGAAGAUCUCCUGGCUCUUUCUGACCCCUGGACUUUGCCUGGCCACCUUCCUCUUCUCCUUGAGCAAGUACACACCUCUCAAAUACAACAACAUCUACGUGUACCCUCCCUGGGGCUACUCCAUCGGCUGGUUCUUGGCUCUCUCUUCCAUGGUCUGCGUCCCACUCUUUAUCAUCAUCACCCUUCUGAAGACCCAGGGUUCCUUCAAGAAGCGCCUGCGACAGCUCACCACCCCUGACCCCAGCCUGCCACAGCCCAAGAAACACCUGGAUGGUGGUACCAGCCAGGAUGGCGGGCCUUCUCCAGCAAGGGAGGGGCUAAUAGUUGGGGAGAAGGAGACCCACUUGUAGGAUGUGGGCAGCAGCCGGGUGGCUAUGGGGCCAGGAACCUCUGUCAGGGCCACCACAGUGGACAGCCUUCGCCUCUGUCCCUCACCGCUGUCUGGCUGGGAACCUCUGUGAUGUCCGUGGGCGCCCCCAGCCAGAGGCCAGGCCGCUCUCUCUCCUCAGCUGGGGCAGCUCCUUCUGGAGGGCGAGAGGCGGUCCCGCUGCAACACGCCAUCCUGUUGGAACAUACCUUCUUAUUUAUAAAGGAGGGUGGUCUUUUUUGAGUCCACCAUCUGAUUCUAACACAUUACGCUGUGUGGGAGCUCCCACUGUAGGGGUGUUCCAGCUUCCUGUAUUUGCGCGUUGGGAGGGUAGCGCUGACGGGAAUACGUAUCACACUUUGACUUGGAGAGCCUGAUGGAACGCAACGUGUUGGAAGUGACAACUGAACACGCCACAUUGGAUUCUGGCAUUCCAUUAGAGGGGGUCCUUCCCUAGGCUUGGUGUUCUGGAGUCCAUGGGGAAGGAAUUAGAGAAACAAAAAGCCUUCACAAGCCAUCAUGGUCUUGAGUUUUCCUGGAGGCCUCUCAAGGUGUCCCUGGUUCCACACUCCUCCUGCAAUAUGUGUCCUCAACUCACAGAGCAUUGGAAUGGAAGGAACUUAGAGAUGAUCCCUAGACUGUUCUGUGCUUUCCUGUGCCUGAGGCAGACAUUGCUAAUUGAUUACGGAGUCUUUCCCACCUCACAGUCCUUCCAAAUACAGUGCUCCAGGAAGCUCCAUUUGCCACCCUGCUUUUGUCCAGCCUCCUGACUUCAUGGGUGAGGAAACUGAGGACCAAAGAGAAAGUGACUUUCUCACGUUCACAUAGCUAUGCCUAAAACCUGGUUUCCUUUUUUCAGGCCAGGGUUCUUCCCAUGAAACCCUCCUGCCUUAGUUAACAAGCAUGUAUGGAUCGCCUGCUACCCUGUGCUAGUCUUCUCUGCCUCGCCCUGUUCCUGUUUAGUCUGCUGUCUUGGGGUGGGAGGGAGAGGGUCUCCUCUGUAGAGUGCUGAGCAGCUUUCCCCACUUUGGCAUCCCUACCUUGGCAUUUCCUCUGCCAGCCCAUACUCCUCUGACCAGAUUUCCUUCUGGACCCUUUCGUUCUUGCCAUUUUCCAUCUCCUCUGCCUCCGGAGAUUCCUCGGAGUGUGUGAAAGCCCGCUGGUCUCCCGCAGAGAGGGGGGCAUUGCGUGUGGGAUGCUCUCCUCUCCCCAGGUCGCCAUAAAAUGAUGCCAGGUCCUCCCAAAGGCAAAAGAGGAGAAGGAGUAGGGGUGGGGGAGGGCCACUUCGGGACGGUGGCCUGGGGCAGGACGUGGGAGCUGGAAGAAGGGAAGCUGCCCGUAUACACCUGUAUAUCUAUAGAUAGCCAUCUGCAGUGAUGCAUGGAUAGAUGUCACCCAGAGUCACUGCCCAGUAGCCAGAGUAAAAAUCUAUGGUCCAGCCAGGGUGAGUUCCACCCUCAGAGCACCCAGCAUCCUUCCCCGUGAUCUGUCAGGGCUUCUCUGCUGGGCACAACCAGACAUCCAGACCCCUGGGUUCUGCCUCCCUCAGACUGCUCUGCACAUCUGUGCUCGCUUUGGUAGGACUAGCUAGUGGGUGGAAAAGGAGGUCCAGGAGAAAGGGAUAGAGAAACUGCUUCCGCCAGGUUGACCCUGGGGGACCUGUGGCGCAGGUGUGCUGCUUUCUGCUGCCGCCUGGUGGCAGAUGGGAGCAGAGCCGCCUUCCCCGGCCCGGCCUCAGCCUCUGGGGCUCUCACCCCUGCCCUCGCUGACUGGCUGGCUGAGCAUUUCUUUCCUGUGCAAGCUCACGCCCUCUGGAAACGAAAUACUUCCUAUAUCCACCCGUGGCCUCAGCAGGGCUCCCCAGUACGGUUGGCUUGUUUUGGGGGAGCCCAGCUGCAAGGGCAUGGGGACUAAGGUCAGCCAGGCUCCUCAGCUCCCUGCCUCCUCCCCAGAGCGUGCUGUGCUUUUGAGCCUGGGCCCUUUCAGCCUGGACUGUGACGUUGUCUGUUGUAGGCGGUUGCCCUGUUCUGCACACUGAGGGGACACCAGCUCUCCCCAGCUCACUGGGCCCUGAGCCUCAGUCUUGAUCUCUGAAGUUGCAGACACCAUUGCCCUCCCCACAUAAACUCACCAGGACUCUCAGCUGCUCCAGAUCCCUUGGCUUUAUGCUCACAGCCUG